UGUGUUAUGUUAUGAUAUUUGUUUUAGUUUCUUAUGAUAAAAAAAUUUUGUUUUUCAUUAUGAUAUUGAGAUCUCUUAAAAUCAUUUGCAUUGUGGUACUAAAAUCUGCAAUACUGAUUGCAAUUUUUCGAAAAAUGAUUGAAAAAGAUUUAUACCAAUCCUUUGAACAUAAUAUGAACUUAUCAUUUUGUGUAGUGUGUCUAAGAAAUUAUUCAACUUGUAACACGUUUGAUUUCCAAUUGGACUACAAACGACAUGCUGAUUAUGAUCAAUAUUUUAAUUAUGUAUCGAUGUUUGUUUUAUCAACAAUCCGUUUGAUUAAUAUCUUGGUUAGCCAACCAAAUCAUAAAAUAUUCUUCGGUGCAUUGGAAUUCAAGAACGGUAUUGUUGUACAUACUGUAGCAAAAGUUUCAGGAUAUUAUAAUUCAAGCAAAUUAAAACAAAUGAUAAACACCUCUACUUAUAUUGAUCCAACAGUUCUUGAAAAUGAAUUAAACUUAAUAUUACCAAAUAAUGCAGAUGACUAUAGUCUAUAUAUAUGUUCAAAAAAUGACACAAAUUCUUAUUCGUUGAAGUAUAAUAUCUUAAGUUCAGUUAUUGAUGAUAAAAACCGUAAUAAUUCUCAAUUAUGGUUAGAAGCAUGGGUCGCUGCACAUUUUAACGCUGAACCAGUAAUUCUUAAAAUAUUAAAUGGAUACCGCUAUGCACCUGAAUUAUAUGGAACUUGUAAUCAAGUUAAUUUUGUUGAAGAUUGUGGAUAUACGUUGCAAUAUUAUUACCAUAAGUUGAAUUUAAGUAACAGGCUGUUAGUAACUAAAGAGUUACUAAAAUUAGCUUUAGAGCUCACAGAUGGAACAGCUCAUCCAAAUUAUUCAUUUUAUCUUACCGAUUUAACAGCUGAUAAUAUAGCUAUUCAACUGGAUGAAACCUCUGGAAUAAUUCAGUCACUGAAAGUUAUUGACUGGAGUGAUGUCAUUAUAGUUAUUAAUGAUAAAUAUGUGCCAAUAGAUGAUAACUUGAUGGUACAUGUCAGUGAACAUAUAGAUUGUGGAUUGGCAUGUUUGAUUUAUUCAAAAGAAGAAAUAUGUAAGGCAAGUGUUAGUGAUCAUAAUGUUUAUGCUGUUUGUAAAGAAUUUUUGAGCAUUGAAGGCAGACUCUUAUAUGAGAUAACUGAUUUAGAUCAUUCUCAACAAAUUCAAGAAAAAGAAAUCCAAGAGCUUCGAUUGUUAAUGAAGCAUUGUUUGUUGCACCCUGAUGUCCAAUGGAAGAAAAGUAGACUAGAUACUGCUAAAUCAAUUAUAAAAAUUAUCGAAUACAUUUUUCAACAAGAUGUAUAUAAUAAUAUUUAUAUUUAUUCCUAAAUUUUGAGGAAUACUUAAUUUGAUAUAAUAUUACAUAUUUUUACUGUGAUAAGUUAUAAUAUGAUCAACUGCUGUCAAAUUAUAUAUACUUUUUUUAUUUAACCUUUAACUGUGAUACUGCA